CCCCGCCUCCCCUCGCCUCAGCGCCUUAAAUGCCUCUGCCGCGGCGGCAACAAAGGCGGGCGGCGGCUGUGAGUGAGGGGCCGGCUGAGGGCCGGUGAGGCGGGGCUGGCGGCUAGAGAACUCAAUUUAGAGAGACAUGGGAGCAUGAAGAAUUGCAUGGAGGGCACGGAUGUGUUGCCUGUGGCGGCAUCUCCUAUGGCUCUUACCUGGCAAUCUGCUGCUACCUGGAAGGGAUUGACAGGAGCGUCUGUGGACAGCAAAGGAACCUAGAGAUGAAGGUAUUUCUUGAACUCUUCAGCACAUCACAGAACUGUUGUGUUUUGGGAUAUCCUGCUUAAACUCUCAGAGGAAAAUCUGCUGACAGAUUGGAAAAUUCAGAUCAAUUCAUCCAACAGAUGUUGGAGAAUUUGCCAACAACCAAAAAUGACUUGAGUUGGAGAGCUGCUGCUUUAUCCAAAGGGCCAGCUUCCCAUGUCCCAUCUGGAUGCACCGUGCACUAUGGUUCACAUCAAUGUGUUGAAAAAGUUCUUGUGUGUUCUUGUGGUGAUACUGGUAGCACUGACAGUUUGCUUGUGGAGAGAAACGAGAAGAAGCUACUAUGAUCCUCUGAAGACCAGGAAUGAUGAUUUGCAGGGGCACAGGAGUUUGGAGAAAUGGAACCUGGUUAAAUCACAAGGCCUUUUCCGUGAAGCAGCCAGUGAACUGGGGCAGGUAUCCAAAUUGUGGCAUGCUGCCCAAAACAAAGGCAGCGCCUCUGAAACAGCUGAAAAGCCCAAGAAAGCAGCAGUUGGGAAGGUAUGGGAUAAGGACAGCUCAUCCAGAAAUCUCAUACCCAGGCUGCAGAAGGUCAGGAAAAACUACCUGGCCAUGAACAAGUACAAUGUGACUUACAAUGGGAAGAGGAGUGCUAAGCUCAGCCCAGAGAAGUUGCUGUGCCAGCUGCGGGACAGGGUCAAUGUGACCAUGAUCCAGAGGUCAGAUGGUCCUUUUGGUACCUCUGAAUGGCAGCAGUACCUGCCAGGGAAAAGCCUCAGUGAAACAGUGGGACACCUGGGUCGCUGUGCUGUCGUGUCCUCAGCAGGCUCUCUGAAAUCAUCUCGCUUGGGACAAGAGAUAGACAGCCAUGAUGCCGUCUUGCGAUUCAAUGGAGCUCCUGUCAGGGGCUUUCAGGAUGAUGUGGGGCAAAAGACAACAAUUCGUCUUGUGAAUUCCCAGCUUGUAACUGUUGAAGAGCAGCAGUUCCUGAGGGAACCACUAUAUAACACUGGAAUCUUAAUUGUCUGGGAUCCAGCACCAUAUCAUGCAGAAAUUCAUGAGUGGUACAGAAAACCAGAUUACAACUUUUUUGAAAGCUAUAAGGCGUAUCGUAGAACACAUCCAGAGCAGCCCUUCUAUAUCCUGAAUCCCAAAAUGCAGUGGCAACUCUGGGAUAUUCUGCAGGAGAAUUCCCUGGAGCAUAUUCAGCCUAAUCCACCAUCAUCAGGAAUGCUUGGCAUUGUGCUCAUGAUGACCCUGUGUGACCAAGUGGACGUGUACGAAUUUCUCCCUUCCAAGCGGCAGACGGACAUUUGCCACUAUUACCAGAAGUUCCACGAUCACGCCUGCACCAUGGGAGCUUACCACCCGCUCCUUUUUGAGAAGAACUUGGUGAAGCACAUGAACCAGGGCACGGAUGAGGACAUCUACACUCAUGGGAAAGUCACCCUGCCUGGCUUCCAAAAAGUGCAUUGCUAAUAGAUUGAUUUGACUGUGUUUCAUUUUCCUUGAUUUUCAAAGCACUUUUUUAAUCAGGGUUGUCAGAUUUGUUAGGUCUAAGCACUGGUGUGAUUUGGCAGCUCUUCCACGUAGCAAGGCUUGCUCUUAGGACUUUAUUGCCCAACUCUGAGCUGUAAGGCUCACUGUGGUACAGCCACUGACCUGCAUGAGUCACUGCAAUAAAUGGACUCCCAGUGGAGCCAGGCUCUUGCAGCACGUGGAUACCUCUGGCUUCAUCUCAGCACAUGACAGUGUAGGGGAGGCACAGGAGGGGCUCUCUGAGCAGAGAUUGCACAAGUCAGGAUCAUUCAGUGAACAUAGUUCAAUUUGCUUCCAAGGGGUUGUGUACACCAAGCCCCUAGGCCAUUGGAAAAUGAAAAAUCAUUUAAAAUUUGUUCCCGUAGUCAGGAGCUCUUCAGAGUAGGGCUGAUUUACGGAAAUGCUGUCAAGCUGUGUAAUGAUAAGCUAAACUUCUAGUCCAAAAUAUUUGAUUUUAUAAACAGUCUGUGAACUUCCAAAUUGUAAGACUUCUGAAACCACUCAGGUGACAUUUUUGGCAAAGGAAGAGGAAAGCAAUUAAUAAUUCAGUGAAUCUUGCAAGACUUUUUAAUCUUUUUGCUUUUUUAAAAAAAUAAUUUAAAAUAAAUUUUAGUAAGCAUUUACUUUUCCAGUACAGUGCUGGGCUUGGUACAGAAGAACCCUUCUUAUCAGAAACGUUUUGGGAAGAUGCUCCAAGACACAAAUGGGAGAAGUUGGCACACUGGAAGUCGGUGCCUUUUUCCAGCUCUCUGCUGCUCUACCUUUGCAAUUGUUGAUGAAUCACGUUCUGUACCCAUUAACACAAGCACCACAGAGCUGCUGCUAGAUGAGUUCCAGCCCUCUGCAGGCCGAUAGAGGGGAUCUCUCGACUGCUGCGUGCUUUCCUGCAUGGGUGGGGAGCAGGUUUGCCACUUCAUGCUUCAUGAGUGGUGGGGAGGGGGAGAGCAUGCCUUGCUUCUCAUGCUGAAACACAGGCAGAGCUGGGAAGAGCAGCUUCUUCCUGCUCCAGGGAUUCCUGUGGCAGCAUGGUGGGAGUGGUAGCUCUGCAGUCUCAGUGUGUUGGUGAGAACACCUUCCCUGUCUUCUGUACUUGUGUGUUUCAUCAGGUCUGUAAAGAAAGCUUUCUCCUGUUUUGAAUAAAUCCUGUGAAGCCA